ACAGUAAAAUGUAUUAUGAGAAUUACCUUCCUGAAACCAGCUGCUCAGCCUAUGUAGUCCUAAGAUAGACCAUAUUAAAGGUUAUUAUGUGGUACCCAAGAGGACGUGGGCGUGGAUUCGCUCCCGAUGAGCCCAGCGCACAGGGAGACUCCGGCGCGCCCGACGUGCAGCCAAACAUUAUAUUGUGACGUAACGCCACAGCAGCGGACAGACCUGCGGCUUUUCCGACGCGUCUGUGUUCCGCUUUUGCAGCGAUAAUACACCAUUGUCCUAGAUUCAACUCAAGAUGUUCUACACAUGUGGGCCCAAUGAGGCAAUGGUGGUGUCAGGUUUCUGUCGCUCGCCUCCCCUUAUGAUCGCGGGUGGUCGGGUCUUCGUCGUCCCCUGUAUUCAGCAGAUCCAAAGGAUCUCUCUGAACACCCUAACCCUAAAUGUGAAGAGUGACAAAGUGUACACCAGACACGGCGUGCCCAUUUCCGUCACUGGCAUUGCCCAGAUGAAGAUUCAGGGUCAGAACAAGGAGAUGCUAGCAGCAGCUUGUCAGAUGUUCAUGGGGAAAUCAGAAGGCGAGAUUGCCCAGAUCGCCCUGGAGACCCUAGAGGGCCACCAGAGGGCCAUCAUCGCUCACUUGACUGUAGAGGAGAUCUACAAGGACAGGAAGAAGUUCUCUGAGCAGGUCUUCAAAGUGGCUUCUUCUGAUUUGGUCAACAUGGGCAUCAGCGUGGUCAGCUACACCCUGAAAGACGUCCAUGAUGACCAGGAUUACUUGCACUCUCUGGGGAAGGCCCGCACCGCUCAGGUACAGAAAGAUGCCCGAAUUGGGGAGGCCCAGAACAAGAGGGAUGCCGUAAUUAGGGAAGCUCAUGCAAUGCAGGAGAAAGUGUCUGCUCAGUACCUCAAUGAGAUUGAGAUGGCCAAGGCUCAGCGGGACUAUGAACUGAAGAAAGCCGCUUAUGACAUUGAAGUCAACACCAAGAAGGCGGAGUCUGAGAUGGCCUACCAGCUUCAGGCAGCAAAGACAAAGCAGCGUAUCGAGGAGGAGAAGAUGCAGGUGCAGGUUGUGGAGAGGGCCCAGCAGAUAAUGCUUCAGGAACAGGAAAUCAUCCGGAAGGAGAAGGAGCUGGAGGCCAAGGUCCGGAAGCCAGCCGAGGCUGAGCGUUACCGCCUCGAAAAACUGGCUGAGGCUGAGCGCCUCCAGCUCAUUAUGGAGGCCGAGGCUGAGGCAGAAUCCAUCAGGGUGAAAGGGGAGGCAGAGGCCUUUGCAGUGGAGGCCAAAGGCAAAGCAGAUGCGGAGCAAAUGAGCAAGAAGGCGGAGGCCUUCAAGGAGUACAAAGAGGGGGCCAUGGUGGACAUGCUGCUGGAGAAACUUCCCUUGAUGGCAGAAGAGAUCAGCAAGCCCCUGUCAGCAGCACAGAAGGUGACCAUGGUGUCGAGUGGAGGGUCUGAAGUGGGAGCAGCCAAGCUGACUGGGGAGGUGCUGGACAUCAUGACCCGACUGCCAGAGGCUGUGGAGAGACUAACAGGAGUCAGCAUCUCGCAGUCCUCCAGUGCUGCUAUGUGCAUCCGUCCUGUCUCUCUGGGCGUCUGUGAGCCAUAGUUAUGCAUAUGUUUCGGGUAAAUGUACCCGUAUGGGCUGAAGAAGAACCCCAGUGACUGGGUGGAGCCUGCCAAGAGCCCGCCCCCACCCCCACUAUGAUCCCGCCUCCCCGCCCCCACCACUCUGCUCCUGCUCUCUUUACUCUGACCUUGCAGGGCGGUGGCUGUCAGCUGUCCCCAGACUGAUAGUGCCACCUGGCCUUCUAUCCUGUUAUUGUCAGAUAUAUCAUCAUCAUUAUAGUAAUAAUCCACUUUAUAUAAAGGAUAAGCUAAUGUAGUACCAUCGAGUAAAUCCCAAACCCAGCCCAGUCCCCUGAGUCUGCUCCUUCCAGACUGAUCUUUUGCACUCACUGCCUUUUUCUAUCAUGGGGAGAUGUGGACGUUGUUUUUUGUGCAUCACCAAUUUACAGGAUAACUCGAAUACCUCUCUGUGUUUUCUUAUAAGAAGGGCCUGUUCUUUCCUUUACCCUGUUAGUAAGCCUUUCCCGUCUAUCUGUUUUGCUUUAUCGUGGUAUGUUCCUCCCAUAUACUGCUGUAUCCGUUCAUUAUGUUUACAGAUUUUCUUUUUACACAUGUAAUUUUCAUACACUGACAGCAGAUGUUUAUAUGAUGGCAGUAGACCUUCAGGGAGGAUCUGCCAUAUGCUGAAUUAUCCCAUGUCAUGUAUGUAGUAUUUUAUUGAGUUGCUAGGUAAUACGCACAUAGAUAUAAGCUGAGUGCUGGUCUUUGACAGUUAACUUCACAGUUAGAAAAUUCCACACAUCUGCUCAGCUUACAGUACCUUUUUGAUUUGACUUUUUCUACCUUACUGCACCAGGUUUUAUAUCCUACAAACCAAAGGAACAGCUAUUGGCUUUUUCUGAGGUCUUUAUAAUGCCUUAGGCUUGUAUUAUGCUGUGCUGUUGACACUGACCCCACUGUUGAAUGGGAUUUCUGUGAUUGUGAUUAGAAACACGGGAAAUUGAAUGUCUUUUGUGGCUUUAAUGUAUUUGGCAGUAGAGUGAGAGGGUUGUGCUGCAUGCUUAGUCCAAUUCACCACAGGUAGCCUGUUUUCAGCACUGGAGUCCAGCCGUCUUCACUGCAUCUUGCUGCAGGCCAAUAAAGUGUUGGUAUGUUUCCAUUACAACAUAUUUAUGUAUAAUGUUGCAUGAAUUACAUACCACAGUUGAAGCUAUUUGUGAACUAUAGUGCUCUGCUAGAAAAUCUCUCUCUGUAGGUCUCACACAGACUGAGACAAAGCGUGUCCCAGUCUGUGUCCCUGCCAGCGACAUCUCCCAGUCAGCAUGGGCUGUGGGCAUCCUGGGCCAGUGCUCAUUAUAUCCGUCAUGUAUGGGUGCUACUUACUGCACGCUCUCCUUUACAGAGGACACGUAGGUUUUUGUGGUUUUGUGUUGUACGUAGUUUUUUGGAAUGUAACUUGUCUUAUUGUAUUCUGCUGAAUGCUGUAAUACUGCAAAGAAAUGACUGAUACUCUCAGAUAAGUGUAAUAGGAAAUAUUACUGUUCAAAUAUACAUCCCUUGUCUAAA